AUGACAUCGACCUCGAAUACUCCUUUCGCAACGCCUGCUGCCUCUACACCGAAUUCGAGACCCACCACUCCCAGUCCUGCUGCUACUCCUAUUGGCGUCCCUGCAGACAAUCAGUUGCAAGAUGAGACCUCCAAGCUCAGAACAUUUCUGAGCUUGUUGAGAAAGUUUAUCGGAGUUGCAGAUAUUGCCAACGUUCGCUUUUCCUUACCAUCUCAAUUAAUAGAACCUAUACCCAACCUAGAAUACUGGCACUACCUCGACAGACCCGAGACAUUCGCAAGUAUUGGGACAUCAGAUGACUCUCUCGGACGUAUGCUAGAAGUGCUCAGGUUUUGGUUCACGAAAGACCUAAAAUACGUCAAGGGAAAGCCUUGCAAACCAUACAACUCGACAUUGGGGGAAUUUUUCAGGUGCAACUGGGAGAUCAAUGAAGCCGCUCCUCCAAUAACACAGCCUUCCAAAGCACCACCCCAACCGUCCAAAGAUCCCCUUCAGCCGAACGGUAGGGAGAAACCCAUCCGGAUAUCCUUCCUUACAGAACAGACCUCCCAUCAUCCACCCGUCUCAGCUUACUGGUAUAAUUGCCCCGAAAGGGGGAUCUAUGCACGAGGCUAUGACCAGCUCUCUGCGCGCUUCACGGGCACCUCUGUCCGUGUAAUUCCCGGCAAUUUUAAUCGGGGCAUAUUCCUCACACUGACCCAGCGGGACCAUGAGGAAUACCAACUUCAACACCCGGCUGCGUCGCUGGGUGGUCUUCUGCGAGGGUCCCUGUAUGUUUCAGUGGCAGACUCAUGUUACGUGACGUGCACCAAGACCAAGCUAAAAUGUAUAUUGACCUACGUGGAGGAGAGUUGGUUUGGUAAGGCCCAAAACCGUGUGCACGGGCUCAUUUUUCGUUACGACCCGGACGAUGACAAGUACACCCGGGUCAAAGACGUACCAGAGAAGGACAUUCUGGUUAAAAUCGAAGGCUGCUGGCAAGAGCAGAUCACGUACAUCAUCCCCAACAGUGCGGCGGUCAAGGAGGCCAAUAAUUUAGAGCCGACAUCUGAGAAACAGCUGCUCAUUGACCUGCAACCCUUGAUGCCGGUACCGAAGACCGUGCCCCCCACAACGGAUCAGCUGCCCAACGAGUCGCGCGAAUUCUGGAAAGAGGUGACGUCGGCAAUCCUAGAAAAGCGAUACUCCGACGCCACUAGGCUGAAGCAAGACCUCGAGCAGGCUCAGCGUGACAAGGCCGCGAAGCGCAGGGAGAUGAAUACCGAGUACAAACCUCGCUUUUUCACCGCUAACACGGAGCCCAGUGGCAGGCCUGAGCUGACCCAAUAUGGCAAAAACACACUGGAGGGUAUGGAUAAGAGGGAAUUCCGCCUUGAUCCUAUCCCCGAACCUGGCAUUGAUGUAUAG